AUGAAGCCACCUCAUAAGAAACGACAUAGGGUUCCAGCUUCGUGUUCUGUUUGUCGAAGGAGAAAAUCUAAGUGUGAUAGAGCAAAGCCAAUAUGUGGAUCUUGCAAGCAAAAGUCUAUCUCCCAUUUAUGCUUUUAUGAGUCAGACUAUCGUGAUUCCAACGAUGAACCUCGGAGUGACGAUGUUCAGUACAGGAGUGGUGAGCGUCCCCUUCAGACAGCUGGCGAGCCCAUGGCCACAAUUCAAGUCAUACCAAGCCCACUAGCAGGUGGAUCAUUUGCCAAUGGCGCUAUUCCCCCAGCAACUGGAGGAUCCCAUUUUGUUGAUUAUGCCGAGCAAUCUCCUUUAGCAUUCUCCUUUCAGCCAACAAAUUCUCCGAUCCAUAACAAUGUAUACUCUAACGAGCCUAGCGUUGGAUAUAUUCCCCAGUCUUACGAUGGGACGAAUUCUAAUGGAAAUACGCUUCAACACUCGGCAACCUCGGUCAAUAAAGCCUUUAAUCAACCGCCAUUGCCCCAUAACAUCAACCUCCCUCCUUUGAAUGAUAAUAUAUCAGUAAACACAAAUGCUCCUCAGCCCAAACCAAAGGACCAAAAUUUAAUUGCUGUUUCCAUAGGGCCACAUUCCACCUUGCAGAUUAACUCCUCUGACACUAUCGAUAUCUUAAACAGCGCUAGCUACUCUUAUGAUGUGGAUGGAAGACUUUGGCAACAUCAAGGUCCUCUUUCUUAUAUUGGAGUUAUCAAAAGCGACCCCUUUAUCAAAAUUCUUAGGCAUUAUGCUUUGAAAUUGUUUCAGUCUGGCGAUAUCGCGCAGUAUAUUCUCGCAGAGACAUCCAAGCGAAGAGAUCUUGCACUAUCUUCUCCUAGGGAAAUAAACGUAACUGGUGAAACAAACUCAGUAAUCUCAACUUCAGAGCAAGACAAUUUAAUGAAUAGUAUAGAAAACGAAACACAUGACAUAAAGCACGACAAUAACGAAAACGAUAAUGAGAAGAUUCUAGACUUGCAGAAGAGUAGAAGACAAAGCACGUCACAGUGGUCACCUUCGUCUCAAAAAGAACCCGGUAGCAAUAACGAUAAAGUCAGUAGAAAUAUUAAAAAAGAAAGUGCCUCUCUUGAUGAAGAUAAUAUGAAGUUUUUCCCGAGACUUAAAUCCCUUGUACUUAAAGCGAAGGAUAAGACUGAGUUAUUUUCCAUCGCUGAAAGCAUGAUUUUAAAGUUCUUGCCUUCUAAAAAGAACACAUUUAUUAUAUUUUACAAAUUUUUCAAAUAUGUGUAUCCCUUUGUGCCAAUAAUUGAUGAAAACUCAUUUAUAAUGGAUUUAAAUGAAGUUUUUCCCGAAAAGUUUCCUUUUUUUGAAAAUGAUUACUAUAGUGAAAUUAGGGUGACAGAUGACGAGGACUUGACUCUACUUGGAAUCUUGAUGCUAGUAAUGCGGCUAGGAUACAUGAGCCUUAUCAAUCAUGAAGUAUCAAAUAAUGAGUAUAACGAAGAUGAGAUCAGCAUAAUCCUCGAAAUGAAAAAAAUAUCUACAGAUACAUUCAACAGUAUAUUGAAUAUUUGCAUUCCAGAUUGUUUAACCUCUAGAUCAUCUUUUAGGACAGUCCAAUGCUUGUUUCUUUUACAUUUCUAUAAAAGAGUUGCUCCUAAUGAUAGUCACGGUUUAGGAGGAGUUGAUGCUGAUAUAUUAUUUGGUGCAAUUGUGAAGCAUGCGCUAUCUAUUGGGCUCAAUAGGGAUCCAACAUUUUAUUCGCGACAUGAUUCAAUUUUGAAAAAACCAGCUUUGGUCAAGACUUGGAGAUUGUUAUGGCAAUUGAUAGUAAUAACUGAUGCAGAAUCUGCAAUUCAAAGUGGAACUAAUUUAAACAUAAGAACUUUAGAAUUCGUUGAUGUUAAGAAUCCGGAAAUUGAUAACCUUUCUGGAGAAGUGGAAGACACAUUCAGUUAUAUCAAGCAAAUUUGUGAUUCAUAUAGGCGUAUUGUCAAUAUGAUAAGUGAUAUUCAAAAUAAACCUAAAGUUCUCGAUAUAUUGAUUGAAACUAAAAACUUGGAGCAGAUUUUCUUCAAGUUUUUUGGUAAAGAUUAUUUUAAGGAUCACAUUUGUAAACCAGCUCCCACGGUAGAUAACCAUGCAAGUCAUAUUCAUGUCAAAAGCGAACAGCACGGACAAAGCUAUUUAAAAGUCAUAAAGUAUCUAACAUUUAUUACACUUAGAACAAAUCUAUCGUGCUUAUACUACAAAAUUGCAGCACAUUACGAAGAUGAGCACACCAAAUCGAAUACUGUUUCAAUGAAUGCCGGAAUUGAAUUGUUCAAGAUACAUAUCAAAAGUGUGGUUCAACUCGUUUAUAUCAUCUCACACGUGCUUGAUCAUUCAGAUGAACUAUUUGGUAGCAAUUACGAUUAUAUAUUGACUGCUGUGAAUGAAAGGUGUAUGAUCAGAACCCAUAGUUUUUUGACUUCAUUAUUUGCUAGGUUGUUACACUAUAAGCAAACGUUAAAUGAAGCAAAAACUAAGGAUACCAAUUUCAAUGAAAGGUCUAGAGCAGUAGACGAGCUCUUUAAUAGAAUAAUCAUUGAAUCUGAAAUCUUUGUCGGUAAUUUCAGAAAGCUUAGCCGAACAUAUAUCAAUUCGUAUAAACUAUAUGUGAUGACUUAUUUUGUUUUAAGGCAGUCCAUGGAUAAUGUGGAUGUAUUCUUCUCGGAGCUGAAGAUCUCACAUACUGGUACUAACAUGCUUGAAUUUUUUACAAUAAGCGAGCUUGAGUACUUAUGUAAACUCUGUGAAGAGGUAAGGUCUGCAAAAGAAGAGAGAGACAAGCUAUCAAAGAAGAGACGCGGCCUGGGUGGCACUACUACGCACUCAGCAAUAAGCUUGCCAUUGAGUGUUGAUCUGACAGACUCCUCAAGGGUCUCCUUAGAUGGCAGCUCAAUGGAAAUUGGUGAUUUUAAUCUCAAUAGUGUAUUUGGGACUCCAUUUUUGACAAAUGAAGAGCUCUUGAGACUUUUUGAGAUAUAUGCAGACCUUGAUGUAGAUACAUAA